AUGCUUGCUGACGUUGAUUCACCAACCCUUCCAUUUGGCCUAAGCGACGUUCAUGGCGAUGGGGCUGCGAUCGAUGAAACACAUAUGAAAUUACCGCAUGAGCUUAAUCAUCAGUUACGGGAGCAUGCACGUCAUUUACAUGUAAGCUUAGCCAGCCUUUGUCAUUUGGCUUGGGCACAAGUACUUGCUAAAGCCAGUGGAAGCAAUACAGUUGUCUUCAGCACUGUACUAUUCGGUCGUUUACAUUCCGGAGAGAAUAACACUACAAUGGGGCUAUUGAUCAACACGCUACCCAUUAGGCUGGAUAUCGAUGAGAGAUCAGUAGAUAGCGCCGUACGUCAUACUCACUCACGUUUGAGUGCAUUGCUAGAACAUGAGCAUGCAUCGCUUGCGUUGGCGCAGAGUUGUAGCGGAGUACCAGCAACUUUGCCACUUUUUAAUGCACUAUUGAAUUAUCGUCAUAAUCAGCCGAGCACGGAGUCCGCAACGUCGACAGAAGGGGUUACAUUCCUGGGCACUGAGGAGCGAACCAAUUAUCCAAUAACUCUAUCGGUGGAUGACGACAGCGAUGCGCUGGGCCUAACAGCCAGAGUAUUGCCGCCAAUAUCAGCGGAACGGAUUUGUGGUUAUAUGCAACAGGCUCUUGUCACACUUUGCAAUGCAUUAAAAAACAAGCCAGAGAAAUCGGUGCGGAAAUUGACAGUAAUACCACCAGAGGAACGCACUAUGCUUUUGCAUAGUUGGAACGAGACGACAGUCAACUAUUCGGCUGUUCGUUAUUUACAUGAGUUAUUUGAGGCACAAGUGGAGCGUAAUGGACAGGCCAUAGCGGUGGAAUGUAACCGCGAGACACUGAGCUAUGCAGAACUCAAUGCACAAGCUAACCGAUUGGCUCAUCAUUUAAUCACACGAGGAGUUAAGCCAGAUGAUCGCAUCGCACUUUGUGUUAAACGCAGCACAAAAAUGAUCAUAGCUAUAUUGGGCAUUCUAAAAUCUGGUGGCGCUUAUGUGCCGCUUGAUCCGGUCUACUCGAGUCAACGGCUUAAAAAUAUUUUGGAGGACGCUGAUCCAUUGUAUUUGUUGGCAGAUGCAACUGGACAAGAGGCACUUGAAGAUCAUCAUGUUCCAGUGAUUGAUUUGGAUUCGGCGUCACCUGGUGGCUUUUCUGUUGAUAAUCCAAACUCGGUGAAUUUGGGAUUAACUCCUUCAAGCCUAGCGUAUAUUAUUCACACUUCCGGCUCGACUGGAACACCGAAGGGAGUGAUGGUUGAACAUCAAACUGUAUACAAUUUGGCCUGUACUGUAUCAUCGCCCUUAAGAGUAAGUUCAGAGAGUCGAAUUAUGAUGUUUGCUUCGUACGCUUUUGAUGCUAGCAUUGUUGACAUCGUAUUAGCUCUCACUAGUGGAGCCUGUCUUUGUUUGCCGAUCGAAGAAGUGCGCCAGACGGACACUGAUUUGCUUGGUUAUAUAGAGGCUGCGAAAAUUACUCACGCCCAUUUAACACCAGCUCUGUUCCGGAAUACUCAAAAAUUAAACAGCGUAAUGGGUUUGAAGGCUUUGAUAUUGGGUGGCGAAACACCUCCGCUAUCUUUGCUAAAAAGUGCGAUUAUUCACACUCCUAUUUUCAAUGUAUAUGGACCUACCGAAACGACAAUAUGGGCUACCACCUGGUCAUGCCCGGUGGACUUCUCCAGUCAUUUAAUACCAAUCGGUCGUCCAUUAUCAAAUAUACGUAUUUACCUGCUGGAUUCACAAGGUGAACCGGUGCCACUGGGAGCACAAGGAGAAUUGUAUAUUGGUGGAGCUGGCGUGGCUCGAGGCUAUCUCAAUCGACCCAAACUUACCGCCGAACGUUUUCUUCCCGAUCCAUUUAGUGAACAUCCAACAGCAAGAAUGUAUCGCACUGGUGAUCUGGCACGCUAUCUACCUGAUGGAAAUCUA